AAAUGUCAAGGCUGUGCUCAAGGAGAUGGCCUUAAAAGGAGAGCUUGGGGAAGGUUACGCGACGGGUAAUAAGAGGGACCCGAAAGCGAACACCUGGACCCGUCAUCAGGGAAAAGAACAGGGAAGGAGAAAAUCCGGGAAGGAUAACAACAAUCCGGAUAAAGAAUUCAUACAGAUGAUUGUCGGCGGCCCAGAAGGCGGGGAUACUGCCUCCCAGCGGAAGAACUGGGCCAGGAGCUUGCACGUGGCGGUGGUUUCCCUGGAGUCACAUGGGAAGCAGGCAAGGAGGGAACCUAUCACUUUCACUGAUAGGGAUCUGCCCAGGACGGGGGGAGAUCAUAAUGACCCUUUGGUUAUUUCAAUGGAUAUCAAUGGAGCAGAUGUGGCCAGGGUCCUGGUUGACACAAGAAGCAGUGUCAAUGUUCUAUACUUGGAUGCUUUCAAGAAAUUGAAGCUGGACAGGUCCAUGUUAAGACCAUUGCAAACUCCAUUGUCAGGCUUCACUGGAGCUAGCAUAGAAGCGGAAGGUCAGAUCACCUUACCAGUUACCUUGGGGUCGGGUAACAAAACAGUAACCAAGCAAAUGAGAUUUGUUGUGGUUGAUAUCAAGUGUGUACAUAAUGCCAUUCUUGGUAGACCUGGGAUCAACCAGGGCUGCAUUUGAAGCUACAAGUUCUUCAUGGGUCAUGUUUUGGGUGGUAUUUGACAUGGUGUUUGGUUGGGCUGAUUUGUUGACUUUGUGUGAUGUAUUUGGGAUGAAGUAUCAAGAAAGGUUUAGGAAAAGG